AAAAGAACAAUUACUUGCUGCUGCAAAAAAUGUUGCUGCUGAAGCAAUACGUGGUAAAUCACGAAAAACUUCUUUGGAACUUUCCGAAGCAGCAAUUAAUUUGGAUGGAAAUAGUAAUGGGGAAGCUAGUAGUGUCAAUAAUACUCCAAACAAAAAGAAUCAACAAAUUAAAGAGAAAAAAGCUACUCUAUGCAAGUUCCAAAUACAACCCAUAUUUUUACAAUCAUCCACCGCAUCCAAUGGAUGCCCACACAGUUGCAAAAUUUGAUGAAGAAGAUUUACAGCUUUUAACUUAUUUGCCUUAUCGAGAUGAAUUUGAAACGGAAUAUAAGAAUGAAGCUGAACAAUUAAUUACACAACUUGUCUUUUUGGCAGAAAAUGAACAAACAACAGAAUCUGACAGAUUUUUGAAUGAAGUAAACUUUGCCCGUUUCAAUCGUUAUAAUCGUUUAAUGCGUAUACGUGCAGCAAAACGUGCUAUUAUUUUGGAACAUCGAAUGUUGGCAGAAUAUUUAAAUAUUGUUAAGACAAACAUUUCUGAAAAAGGAAAAUAUUUGGUAUUUCCUGAUCGUUAUUUUUCUACAAAAAGUAAAGAGGAUGCUUAUCGUCCAAUAUUUGCACAAUUAAGACAAGUUGCUGAUAGAGAAACAAUUAAUCAUUUGGCUAAAGAUGUUGCUGCAAUGGAAACAUUAAAGGAUCAAAUUGAAGAAUUAAAAAUGUUACAAUCUAAAGGAAUUACAAGAGUAAAAGGUCGUUUAAAAGUUGAUUUGGCUUCAAUGAUAUGGUCAAGAAAACGAAGGACUAGAAAAACGGAGAAUGCUGAAAUGAGGAAAGCAAGUUUGCGAUGGAAGCGUAUCAAGAGAUGGACAAAACGUACACAUUUGCAACAACAAUUGGAUGAACCAGAUGAUGAUGAUGACCAAUAA